UUUUCAAAUAAGCUGAUGUUUCAGAUGAGCAGAUGCUGCUUACGGCAGAUACUGUCUGGGGAGCCUCCGAGGAUUAGAGACCUUCAGCCAGCUUCCAUGGAGGGAUGAUGAUGGGACAUUCCUUGUAAACAAGACAUAUGUUGUGGACUUCCCCCCGCUUUCCUCACCGAGGUCUUCUGCUUGACACAUCUCGCCAUUACUUGCCUUUGAGAGCCAUUCUGGAGACACUGGUGAACUCUGUAGGACUGCCCCUUGAGAACACCUUCCAGCAAUUAUUGCUGAUCAAAAAAUAAAUGGCUAAUGAAUUUCGCCUGAGUAUGGCAAGAAUGACUUUCAGCUGUUCUCCGAAUCCCCAGGAUGCCAUGGCCUACAACAAAUUCAAUGUAUUUCACUGGCACAUAGUGGACGAUCCUUCCUUUCCCUACGAGAGCAUGGUGUUCCCGGAUCUCAGUCAGAAGGGGGCCUACAACCCUGCCACUCACGUGUACACAGCUAGCGACGUCAAAACCGUGAUUGAGUAUGCCCGGCUACGUGGGAUCAGGGUGAUCUCAGAAUUUGACACUCCUGGUCACACCCAGUCUUGGGGUCCAGGUAUUCCUGGCUUGUUGACUCCUUGCUAUGCAGGCCCAAAGCCCUCUGGAUCCUACGGUCCCAUCAAUCCUAUCCUCAAUACAACAUAUGAGUUCAUGACCAAGUUCUUCGCUGAAGUUAGUACAGUGUUCCCAGACUUCUACAUACACCUGGGUGGAGAUGAGGUCGACUUCACAUGCUGGUUGGUUUUGCCCCUUCAGAAGUCUAAUCCAGAUAUUGAGGAAUUCAUGCAGAAAAUGGGGUUUGGCCAAAACUACACCAGGCUGGAGUCCUACUACAUCCAAAGGCUGCUGGAUAUAGUCUCUUCCUAUGGCAAGGGCUACGUGGUGUGGCAGGAAGUUUUUGAUAAUGAAGUGAAGGUGAAACCUGAGACUAUCAUACAUGUAUGGAAGGAAAAUUCUGGGUCCUACCCACAGGAGAUGGCUCGUGUCACCAAAGCUGGCUAUCGAGCCCUGCUCUCUGCUCCAUGGUAUCUUAACCAUAUCUCUUAUGGCCAGGAUUGGAUGGCAAUUUAUAAGGUGGAACCUCUUGCCUUUAAAGGCAGCCCAGAGCAGAAAAAACUGGUGAUUGGCGGGGAGGCCUGUAUGUGGGGUGAAUUUGUAGAUGUGACCAAUUUGACCCCAAGACUCUGGCCCAGAGCCGGAGCUGUAGCUGAGAGAUUAUGGAGCAACCAGACUGUUAGGAACUUGCAAGAUGCAUAUGUGAGGCUGGCAGACUUCCGAUGCACACUGCUGAGACGUGGAAUCCAGGCAGAGCCACUUUUCACAGGAUAUUGUGAUCAUGAAUUCAAUGCAUUUUGAUUUGUGGGGUCUGCUCUUAUUCCCUUCCAGCACAUUAUUUCAAGGAAGAAGAGAACAAUUUUUUAACAAAAGUUUCAAUGCAGUCAGUGCACAGUUGCUGCAAAAUGUUUGUUUUUCUUUUAAAGAAGAACUUUUUUGUUUUUAAAGGAACAAUUGGUUAAAUAGUCUCAGAAAGAAAAUACGCUUUUCUUUUCUGUGUCUGGGAUUUUUCCCACCAACUGUUAGAAGUACUACGUCAGAGGAUCGGUAGAUACGGGUAAUCAUGAAAUUGUUUUGGUAAGAAAGUGUAAUAAUUAUUCCAGUGUAUCUUAUACACCAAGAGUGGGGAAUGUGUGGCUUUUCAGAUGUUGGCCCCCACAUCUGGAAGGCCACAUGUUGCAUACUUAUGCUCUGCAUUUUAUAUGCCUGGAAGACAUCAGCUCGCUGAAUGUGGAUGUACUACCAUUUCCACCCCACCUUUUUUUGUUAAGGGAUAGAGAUGUGAAAGCCAGGAAAAAAUGGAAAAAUUAAGGGAAGAAAAGUGAUCCCCCCUCCCCAUUUUUUUCAAAGCAUUUUUUCCCCCUGGAAAAAUUGAAAUAAAAUGAUUGUGGAAAUUUUCUAUUAGAAUGACAAAUAAAACAUUUCAGACAAGA